AUGACAGAGCAGCCUUGGAACCAACAGCAAAUGCCUCUUAGUGAAAUCACAAAGCACAGUGAGUUUCUGUGUCUUGAACUGCCCUUACGAGGACGAGGCCCUGGAGAGCACAGUCCGAGGCAGGUGGCUGAAUUUGCAUAUCAUUGGAUACGAGACAGCUCAAGCCUGGGAAAUCCUGCACCCCAAGACUCUAUAUGCCCGGAAAACCUCCGCAGGGAAUCCUACUUUGGGGACAGCUUCUGCAGUUUACAAGCCUUCCAAGAUGUCUCCACCUUCCACUUGUCACUACAAAUCAAGACGAGUCGGAGAAGUGGGCUGCUGCUCCUGGCUGCAGGAAUGGAGGACUACCUGUUCCUUGAGCUCCAAAACGGAAAAAUACAGGCACGGAUGAAUUUCGGAGCUGGCGAGGUGACACUGUCCUCAACUCAAGGAGUACAGCUGAACAACCUUCUGGACCACAAAGUCUCUCUCACACUGCAAGACGCCAAACUCACCAUGACAAUUGAUGAGCUCUUCUCCACAUAUGUCCCUGUUGAUGAUGAUGGGGAGCAGCUCAACAUUGAUUUGGGCAUUUGGCUGGGAGGAACAGCAAACCUAGAAGCUCCCUACCUCAGCAAUGCCAUUACCCCUUUCCGUGGCUGCAUGACUGAGGUCAAAUUUGAGUCCCAUAAUUUUGAUAUUCUAAGCACAGCGUUUAAACAAUGCCAUGACACAAAGGAAUCCUGCAGCAGUGAGUUCGAGGCUGGCGAUGGGGAGGCAACUAGUUUCAGCACUCCUGAUUCCUUUGUAUCCUUCCCCACCUGGAGCGGGGCUAGUGGUGCACCAAGGGUCUUAGAAUUCCUAAUGAAAACCACCAUUGAGGAUGCGCUACUUAUUUUUCACCCUGGCCGAGAGUCCGAUUUCCUUUCGGUUGGUAUUAUGAAAGGCUAUCUCAAAGGUGUGCUGGACUGCGGCAGUGGCAUGAAGGUGCUGGACAAUGCCCAGGUGCAGCUGGAUGAUGAUCAGUGGCAUAGAGUUAAGGUUCAAGUCAGUCAGGAUUUGUUUGAAAUUAAUGUAGAUAGCCAGUCUGCUUCCGUCCCUCUCGACCCUCCAACACAUACAUUGGACUUGGUUGGAAAUCUGUAUUUAGGAGGUAUCCAAGAAAAAAUGAAGGAUGUCUUUCGUGAGAGCGGGUCCUUAAAUCGUGCAGAGGAGGUAAUGACUGCUGAAUCUUUCAUUGGGUGCUUGGGGGAAAUCAAAGUAAAUCAGAAGGAUAGAAGCCUGCAGGAUGCUUUGGUGACCAAAGAUGUUCAUGUUAAAUGUGAAGGAGAGGACUAUGACUACUCAAGUUAUUACGACUCAGAAGCAACUACAACUUCUCCACCUGUUCGCAUCCGAUAUGUUGAUAUGGACUUCGAAGAGCAGCAUUGCUACCCAACAGACGACUUGCCAGAGGUAUUCAAAAAUGUAACAAAACUUCUCGAUGUUACCCCAUUACUUGUGCCUGAAGGUGGGGAAGAUUUUCUUGAUAUUAAAAACCUGAUGCCUACAUUUGACCUCAGUGCUGCAGGACUGCGUCAGUCUCAGAUCAUCUUUACUCUCAAGAAUGAUCCCUGGUAUGGCCUGGUUGACAUGAACGUCAACACAAAACGCACACAAAAGUUUACUCUGCUCGAUGUCAUCAAUAAGAAAAUCAAGUAUAUGCAUGAUGGAAAUGAAAGGCAUGACGAUCAAAUCCAGCUAGAGGUGGCUGCUCACAGUGACGGAUACCUUCCAGAAUGUCUAAAAACUCCUCGCGAUUAUCUCCUACCUGUUGAAAUAAUUGCUGUCAAUGAUAUACCAAAACUUGGUGGAGGAGAAAUUACCAUAACAGAAAACGGCAGAACUCGUUUGAGCCCCAGCCUCAUCAAAAUCAUGGAUUCUGACACCCGCUGUGAUGACUUAGUGGUAAGUCUAACAUCAGAGCCUUCCAUGGAAGUUGGUUACUUAGAAAACGUUCGGCAGCCAGGACGAAGCAUCACAGAGUUCACUUGCAGGGAGCUGAAAGAGGGAAAUAUCUAUUUUGUACACAGAGGGGGUAGUGCUGCUGCAAUGACCUUGAAAGUAUCUGAUGGACAGUCAGUAAGUGACUCCACUACUUUUAAGUUCUCUGUGACACAGCCACACAUGACAAUUGUUACCAACACUGGCCUUCUCUUGUCUCAAGGCAGCAAUGAUUCCAUUAGUGUUCAAAAUUUGGCUAUCCUCGCUCAUCCUCGUAACGGAGAUAUUAUGUUUAACAUCACACAACCACUGAUGUAUGGGGAACUGCAGAUUAUGACAAGUGAUGGGAUGUACAAGCAGGUUACAACAUUCCAUCAAUCCGAUCUGGAUCAAAACCGCCUCAGAUACUUCAGCACAGACUCAAGUGACCAGGAAGAUGUCGUGGUUGAGCGAAUUCAGUUUGACGUCUACCUGGGGCAGUUCUCCCUUAGGAACAACACCUUUAUAGUCAAGAUCAUCCCAUCUCCUGUGAAACUUUCUGUCAUGGUUCCACUGGAGAUGCAGGCUGGUGAAGAGAUAGCAAUCAGACAUACCGAGCUUCAGGCUGAAGUAAAAGGAGAAAACACAGAUCCACAAACUUUAAAAUACAUCCUCAUCAAGCCUCCAACACUGGGUAGUCUCCUGCUAGUAGACAAAGAGUUGGGUGAGGGUGACAUCUUCACCCAGAAAGAUAUUUUGGAAAGUUCUAUUAGCUACAGGGCUCGGGUGCAGAGAGCUGUGGAUAGUAUAGACCAGUUCCAGUUCAGAGUUUUUUCUGAGGAUCAGUACUCGCCCCUGUACACCUACCCAAUUAACAUCCUCGCCAAUUCAGAUGCUCCCGUUUUGACCAAUGAGAGGCUCAUCGUCUUGCAGGGUGGUGAGCAAACUGUGGACAAAAACUAUCUUUGGUUACAGUCACCAAACUCAGAUACAGAUUUUAUGUACGAGAUCACAGAAGUGCCAAAGUACGGGCGACUCAUGAGGGACUCCCCACCUGGGCAGCCUCGAUUUGAGGGUGCAAUUAGAAUAUUUAGCAAUGAAGACAUUCUGCUUGGCAGGCUUAUUUACAAGCAUGAUGACUCCAAGACAAGCAGUGAUGAGUUUCAUUUCUCAGCCAGGAAAAACUUUCAGGAAAUAGCAAGUGGUGUUUUCAGAAUAUCUAUCCAAUCCAAGAAUGAGCACGCUCCAGUGCGCGUUGUGGAUAAAGUCUUAAACGUGGUCCGCCAUGGUCAGCGUCUGAUAACAACGGAUGUUAUUCAAUUCAAGGAUGAUGACUCAGGUUUCAAUGAUUCCCAGAUCGUCUAUGCUCGUGAGGGAAUCCUCUCAGGCAAUAUUGUCUCAACAUCAAAUCCCUCACAGUCUCUUUUCCGUUUCACACAAGCCGACCUGCGAGAUAAGAACAUCCUCUUCAUUCACCAUGGAGCAGACCGGGAACGCUUCUCUCUACAGGUGUCAGAUGGCUUCCACAAGACCACUGCACUUCUUCAGAUUCAAGCAAAUGAGCCCUACCUGCGAGUAGUGAACAACACAAUCAUUGUCAUUGACCACGGAGGCACCAAGACCCUUAACACCACUCUGCUGAGUGCUGACUCCAACAUGGACAUUAGAGAUGACAGUGAAAUCAAGUUUCAGGUUACAUCACCCCCUAGUGAUGGCAGGAUUAUUGUGAGUGGAAUUGAGGCUUCAGCUUUCACCCAGGAGGACCUGAAAAAGGGUGUUGUGUCAUAUGAGCAUAAUUAUGAGAGUCUGAGAUCCAAGGACUCCUUCAGCUUCACAGUCCAAGCCAGAGGACAUUCUGAGGAGGGCACAUUCAGGAUUAAAAUAUUCAAGCAAGGUUACCUCUCUGAGCCUGAGGUGUUAACCAAUGAGGUCAUCAUUUCCUAUGAGGGGGAACACACCAUAAUCAACCAGGACCAUCUCAAGGUGGAGCAAGCUGAUAUUCUGCCGACUGAAAUGGUUUUCACCAUUAAAGGGCCCCCUCGUCUUGGUCAUGUGGUUAAGCUGACGAACAGCUCAGACAGCACGGCCUCCCCUGUCCUCGACUACAUUCACUCCUUUACUCAGGAGGACAUCGAUCAGGGGCGCAUUCUCUAUGUGUCUGCAUCCAUCCAGGGCAAUGAUGCCUUCACAGUGGAUGUCAGUAAUGGUUUUACCACAGUAGAGGACCUGCAAAUUGAUGUGAACAUUGUUCCCCGGAUCAUCCCCAUCCAGACCUCCAACUUUACUGUGAAGGAAGGCCUCAGCAGGGCAAUUAAUACAGAGAUUGUCAACAUCUCACAUCCCUUUUACAGUUCAGCAAACAUUGACUUUGUUGUAGAAGAGCCGCCACAGCACGGGGACAUCCGCUACCUUGAUGGGGACGAGCUGACUUACUUUACGUGGGAAGAGAUGAAACUUGGACUGAUCUACUACAUGCAUGACAGCACAGAGAGCACAGAGGACAGUUUUACACUCUCUGCCUCGGUUUAUGAGAUUGAGCGCCGGAGCCUCCCUGUCACCAUCUCAGUGACUGUCAUACCAGUCAACGAUGAGCCGCCAAAACUGACACGUAACACAGGACUGGAGGUUCUUGCUGGUGAGGAAGCUGAUAUUACCCCCAGCAUGCUGAACACUGCGGACGAUGAUACCCCUGCAGAGGAAAUAGUGUACAACAUUGAGGCGCCAACCAAUGGGAUAUUGGCGUUGAAAGAGGCAACGGAAGAGGGCAUCCUAAAUUUCACACAGGCUCACAUUAACAGAGGGGAGGUCAUCUUCAUUCACGAGGGUGAGGAGUCUGGUGGUUUCACUUUUACCGUGACAGACGGAGAGCACACGUCUCCUCUCUACCAAUUUGUCAUCACAGCCAGACCUCUCACUAUCACCAUGGUAACGCAGGAGGAGCUCAUGGUGUUUCCAGGAGCACGGCAACCCAUCACGAGUGCCAAUCUGGGAGCCGUAACCAAUGAGGAUGGAAAUGAGAUAAGCUACUCACUUAUCCGCCCACCUCGUUUGGGAAGACUGAUCCUGUCCAAUGACCGGAACCAGUAUGAGGAAAUUACCCGCUUCUCUCAAACACAGCUGGAGUCAGGAGCGGUCUUCUAUGAGCAUCAGAUACCAGAGGAGCCUUUCUGGGUUGUGAGGGACUCCAUAGAGCUCAUUCUGUCAUCCCAACCAGCCCCAGAUGUCCGUCACAUCCUACCCAUCACCGUCUCUUACUAUGCCGCUCACAGCAACAUCUCCUCACAGCUGUGGAAAAACAAAGGUCUGGAAAUUGUGCAAGGUCAGAGGAAAGCCAUUGACAAUUCAAUUCUUGAUGCUUCCAACCUGCUGGCCAGCUUGCCUGAGUCUGAGCGAGGUGAAGUGGAUGUGGUUUUCGAGAUGAAAAGUUUCCCUGACCAUGGACGUAUCACUCUUGGUGGUCAGGACCUGCCGCGUGAUGCUCCAUUCUUCGAGCAGGAAGAUGUAACUCAGGGAGAGUUGGAGUAUCUCCAUGAUGAUUCAGGGGCCCCCUCUGACAGCUUUUCUUUCAGGGCCCGUCUGAAGCCUCAGGGUCAAGGUGUGGCCUCCCCUGCUGAGUCCAUGGUCCUGGAAGAGAUCUUUAACAUCUCCAUCAAACGGCGUGGCUCUGAUCCUCCCGAGCUUGUCACUAUAGACAUGCUGCUGGAGGUUCUUCAAGGUUCAAUGACCAUUUUGACCCAGAAGCAUCUUAACACUCAAGAUGAGGACAGUCCCCCAGAUGAGGUGCACUUCAAGGUAACCAAAGCCCCCAGAAAUGGUCAGCUGGUUGACUCAGUCACGAUGGACCCCAUUUCUGAGUUCACACAAGAGAUGGUCAAUCGUGGGCAGGUGGGCUUUUACAGUGAUGGCAACCUCGCCAGCAGCUUUGUGGAAUUCAUUGUGUCAGAUGGGGAACAUCAAACAGAGCCACACACACUUCACAUUGGCGUCCUAGCUCGCACCCUGCUUCUUGACAAAGCCACUGAGAUCAAGGUGAAGCAAGGAGAUGAUGAGACUCUGGUGACUGAAGACAUGCUGAAAGCCACUACUGGCGGACCUGUUGAGGAAAAUGUCCUUUACAAGAUCACAAGUGUUCCCAAGUAUGCAGCUGUCAUGGUGGACCGGCAGCCCACGUCCGCCUUCACCCAGAAACAGAUCAAAGAAGGCAGAGUCAGUGUCCGCUUUGUAAAGUCGACUUCACCUCGAGACAGCGUUGCAUUUUUUGCUCGCAGUGGGGCUGCUAAUGUGUCCUCCGUCCUCAACAUCACAGUCCAGCCUCUGGCCAAUAUCGCUCAAGAUCCUCUCUUACCCCAAGGUGCUCUCGUCCAACUUGACAGGCAGCUUCUGGAUGCAACUCCGCUGGAAAACAAGACUAAGUCCUCCCCCAUGUUCACUGUCAUCCAGCAGCCACGAGGGGCUCGUUUUGUGAAGUCCGGAGGUUCUGGUGCAGGUCAGGCAGUGGACAUGUUCAGCCAGCGGGACCUGGAUGAAGGUCGUGUAGCUAUGGAAAUCCUUAAUAGCUCCUCCAGAUCCAGAGGUGGUGUCACUCAGGAUGAGGCCCGCUUCCUGCUACAAGCCCAUGGGGUCCCUCCUGCAGAGUGUGUGCUUUCCUUUAAGACCGGUCCCUAUAAUGCCUCUGGGGUCUACCCUGCCACUCUGUUGAGGCUUCCAUCAGAGGCCUCAUCAAAGGACAGUAAUGACAUCCCUGGUGUGGCUGGGUCCCCUCGUGCCACUCCAGCUAGCCCCCGCUGGAGGGGCAACAUGGACUGGCCCCAUGGAGAUGCCCCCACUACAGCCUCUUCUGGCACUGACUCUCACAGGACACCUGUGGUUUCACGGCGCAGCAACUUCUGGUCCAUUCUCAUCCCCAUCCUGGUGAUCCUUCUCCUCUUGCUCCUGGCAGGUGUCUUGGCUUACUACCUGAUCCGUAAAAACAAGACAGGCAAGCAUGAUGUCCAGACAGCAGGGUCCAAGCCCAAAAACGGAGAAGUGGCUAGCGCAGAAACCUUUCGGAAGACUGACCCGGCCAAUAACAUCCCCAUGUCCAACAUGGAUUCCAAAGAUGCAGACCCGGAGUUGUUGCAGCACUGUCGGACAUCGAACCCGGCCUUGAAAAAGAACCAGUACUGGGUCUGAGACACUUUGAUACGGGACACAGAGAGAGGUGGAUCCUCAAGUGUUU